AUCGCGAGAUUUGAGUCUUUCCAAGGAACGUGGAUGAAAACAAAAUAAAUAUGAACGAAACGCAGAACGGGACGGACUUCGGAGGCGUUAACGUGCACAAUUUCUCCGAGAAGGUCAUGGAGCAGGUCGUCCACUUCCACGUGAUGAAGCUCAGCGACGGGUUCUUCCUGUGGGUCGGUUCGGCUCCGGUUCUGUCCAACCUGGCGGUCUCCAUGAACAGCAGAUACGACUCUGUGCCAUUAUCUUCUUUAUUGAUGGGGGAUCCAUCCGACACCGCUGCAAACUCAUUGGCACAGAGAUUGGCAAAGAGGACGAAGAAACAAGUGUUUGUGAGUUACAGUCUUCCGAUGAGCGACUCCAGCCUGAGUCUGCUGGUGGAGAAUCGGAUAAAAAAGGAGCUGGAGCUUCACCCCGAACACUUUUAAGCUCCCGCACCAUCAUCGUCAUCAUCAUCCCACAGUAACUGAGCUCCCAGCACAAAAACAAGGACAGCGCUUUCACAUCCAGUGUUCUUUUAUUGACAUUAUAAAUUAAAACGGUUUAUUAUCAAAAA